UUAAAGGAUAUGUGAUUUAUUGUUUUUCAAGUAAUAAAAAAGUUGUUUACGUUUAUGACCGACUCGGCUGGUGUAUAAAAGACGGAGCAUCAUUAUGUUUGUAAAGAGUUUAAGUGAGUGUUCUUCAGUAAACGUCAAAAAAACGCCAGCUGCAAGUAUGACUUCUUUUCUGAUUCUGGUUGUCAUGGCGACCUUGAACUUGGCUCUGGCUGGAUACAAGACUCGUUGUGACGUGGUCAGGGCUCUGCGCGCACAGGGGGUGCCCGAUGGCGACAUGAGAGAUUGGUUGUGCCUUGUUGAUAACGAGAGCAAAUUCAAGUACGACGCCACCUACAUCAAUCCAAAUAACCGUGGCACCGACAACGGCAUCUUUCAAAUGAACAGCAGGUACCACUGCGACCGGCCUAGCGGUUACAGCGGCACGAAGUGCUGGAAACUGAAUACGGACGGUUGCCAGGAUACGUGCUCGUCGUUUUUGGACAGCGACAUAUCUAAUGAUGCCAACUGUGCUGUGAGAGUCAAGACCUGCGGCGGGUUCAAUAAAUGGGCAGCCUGGAGAGAUAAAUGCAAAGGAAAAAAUCUUGCCGGAAACUCUGCCUAUAACUACAGCGACUGUUAAAUGGUGACUGAUUGAGGUUGUAACAGGUUCAGUGUAAUAAAUAAAUUGAAGAGCAUUUUCCACACAGAAAUUCAAUGAUACCUCUAGUACUUGAUACUUAAUUCUUAAAAUAAAACUUUUCAAAUGAUAA